CGAAAAGAAAGAGAUGGCAGCUCAUAUUACGGCCUCAUUCCCCAGUCACCGUAAUGUGUUCCGUCUCGUUGCCCAAGUUGAUGCUCUUGUGAAGGGUAACCUGAGCAUCCCUACAUCUCAUCGCAUCCAGGAAGAUGGCGAGGUGCAGAGUGCUGUCCGCCGUCACCAGCAAUAUGUUGACGCCAUUGCUGAAAACUCGAACUACAAGCCUACUAUCGGCGACCUCCAGGGACAGCCGAUCGAGCUCGUCAGUAUCCUUGACCCUGCUAUCGAAAAGUCUAUGGAAAAAACCCACUACAAGAGAGUAUUAUUUCACUCGACUCUGCUUUCCAUGGAAAAGAAAGCAAAUGAAGAUCUUGCAAAGUGCAUUGAGCAGUACGGGUACCAUUGGAUCUUCAGGGCGGGUCUCACGCAGUACUACAUGACUAAAUGUGUUGUCUCGCAUCUCGAUUUCUGGAACGCAGACUCGCGAAGCCGCAGAUGUCGUAUGAAUGCUCAAAACAUCUGCUACGAGGCAAUGGAUGCUCAGCUCAAGCUCAACGAUGUUGAGAAAAGAAUCUUGAUAGAAGUCAGCCAGAGCCGCGACACCAUCGUUCUUGGGUUCUGGAACUGGCUUUCUGAGCACAGAAAUGCUUACCAUGCCAUGAAGGCCUGUCUUUUUCUUCUCAAUAAGAAAUCUCGACAGAAACCGGCAAGAUAAAAAUUUGCAGGCGCCAACCGGGUGUACAUGGAGUAACGAUUGACGACGACCCAGCCGACCUUGAUGUUGCGAAUGACUACCCCAUUGUGUCUCUCUUUCUGUUUUUCGUGAUUUAUUUGGAGUUCUACACGAGCUGGUUCGGCGCUUCUACGGUUAAUCAAGAGUGCUAUUUUCUCCCUGCCUUUUCUUCGUUUUUUUUUUUUCAAAUGAUUCACCCCCCUGCGUAGCAGGAGUCGCUUCCUUGAAGGUCGCCGGUGUCUUAUCUAAUAUGUCUUCACUUCUCUACGCGGUGGGCGCGACGGCACGGGCUUUGUUUCUUUGUUAUUUUGCUUCAUGGGUCAUCAUCACGAAUAGGCGGGUUCUUUCCAUCGUGGGCAAGCGUUUCCUCUAUUGAUAUUCGAUUCUGGGCAGAACGGACAUGGCGUCUUUUUUUCUAUUCUGUGGUUACUUUGUUUUUACGGGAGGCACAAGGGAAAGGUUGUGGUCGAAGAGUAGGGC